AUGCGCUACCGCAGCAUUUGGUUCUUUGUGCGAUGGAAAGGCUACGAUCCAUCCCACGACCAGUGGGUUAAGCACUCUGAUAUCUUUGCAGAGGAUGCUGUAGCGGCGUUCUACCGCAAAUACCCCGGCAAUCCGCACAUCAUUGCUGCCACUGUCUUUGACUCCCUCCCUUUCCAGCACCCCUCUGCUACCAUCCGCACGUUGCGUCGAGGCGCCGCAAUCCAAGGGGGGGGUGAUGUCAGGGGAACCCCCGCUUCGGACUGA